CGCUACUUUGUGCUGGAGGACGAUGAGCAGGAAAACGCCUUUGUCUCAGCCGGCGGCGUCGUCCUCAUUUACACUGGUCUGCUGCGGCUCAUGAAGACAGACGAUCAAUUGGCGGUUGUGUUGGCCCAUGAAAUGGCCCACUUUGUCGCUGAGCAUAAUACCGAGCGCACAGGCUUUGAAUGGAUUCGUCGUGGCGUGGACUUUUUGACCGGCUCCCAUGAACGGAGCACCAUCCACAAAAUGACGACGUUGGGCCUCACGCUACCCCAGUCUCGGCUCAUUGAGCGUGAGGCAGACCACAUUGGUCUCAUUCUCUUGAGCCGUGCCUGUUUUGACAUUGAUGCGGCG